AUGGCGGAAGCUCCUUGCGUGGAGAAUGCUGAUGCGGGCACAUCCAAGACUGAGGACACAGAUGUUUGUUCAGCAUCAGGAAGCCCAACGGGGUGCGUCACCAGCAGCAAGGAGUUCACUCUCCCCGGCAGUGUUUCAUGGGGUGAACCGGACGUAAUCCGGAGUCCCUCAGAAUCCAGCUGGCGGCGCUUCGCCCGACCACUGGCAAACUGCAUCGCUUGUGGCGACUUCGAAUCGGAGCUGUCCAAGCUGAAGUCGCAGCGGAUGUCCAAUGCGGCUCUCAUGGCAGAUUGCGACCGCAAGCUACGCGAGCAAGACUCGGCUAUCAUGACGCUGGAGCAGAAACUUGAGGAGUCCUCAGAAGAGCUGAGGUUGAGGACGGCCGACUUGGAGGCUGAAAAGCGAAGGACCUGCAGCCUGUCCACGAUGCUCCUCGAUGAUACCGUGAAGGAGCAAAAGCUCAUGGACCAGGUGCAGAGCACCGAGGAGCGGCUGAGCGCAGCGCAGUCCGAGAUCCAGCGGCUGGUCUGCGCGUCGGAGCAGCGGAUCCUGGAGAAGGAGCAAGCCGCAGAGGAGCUGAGGCUGAAGGGCCUGGAGGCCGCAGAUCUGGCGCAGCAGCUGGAGGCCAUGAAGGAGCACUGGACCAAAAACGCCGCGGAGCUCAGGUUUCAAGGGGACUUGCUGGAAGAGAAGCGCCUGGAGAACAAGGAGCUGACCAGGCAUGUGGCCCAGAGGUUCAUGGAAACGGAGGAUCUCCGCGGGUGCCUUUCCAGCUGCCACGAGCGCUGCGCGCGCCUGGAAGGGGCGUUGCAGCUCAGCGGCUCGGAGCAGCAGCUGCUACGGCAGAAGUUGCAGCAGCGCGAGGCGGAGUUGGAGCAGAGCCAGCGCCAGGUCUUGGACAUGUCCAGCGAGCUGGGGGAGAAGUCGCAGCUGCUGACGGCCGCUUUGGGGGAGAAAGGCCUUCUGGCGCAGCAGUUGGACGAUGCCAGGGCCCAGCUGGCCGAGUCAGAGGCGCAGCUCGGGAGCUUGAGCUCUUCCCUGGAGCUCGCGCAGCUCGAGAGUCGCCGCAUUGCGCAACACCUGGAGGCUGCGCAGAUGGCGGCGGAGGAUCUGCUGGGCCCAGUGUGGGCCUUCAAGCGCCAGGCAGAAGCGAUGCACCAAGAGGUGGCCGCUCAGAGGGCACGGGUGGAGGAGGAGGAGUCGAAGGCACGGCACUGGCAGCAGGAGUACGAGAAGGUCGCCGCGCGAAGCGCGGAGCUGGAGAGCGUAGGGGCCACGUCCAGGGAGCAGAUCCUGGCGCUCCAAGACCAGAGGGAUGCGCUGGCGCAAGAGGCGCAGCAGGUGCGAGAGCUUGCUGCCAAGGCUGAGGAGGGAGAGCUUCAGGCGAGGGAUCUAGCAAAAAAGAGUCGGGAGAGUGAGGAGCUGGCCAGGGCCCAGGCUGAGGAGAAGGAUAUUUUGGCGCGCGAUGUGGCUGCAAAAGCCGAGGAAAGUGAAGAGCUACUGAGGGUCAAGAGUGAGGAGAAUGCGGCGUUGACACUGAAGCUGGCUGUGAAGUUGCAGGAAAGCGAGCAACUGGCUCAGGACUUCGCCACAAGAUCUGAGGAGAACGAGAAACAGGAACAGGACUUGGCAGCAGCAACCGAGGAGAAAGAAGCACUCGCCUUGCAGUUGUCGCAUGCUACAGAGCAGGUGGCUCACUUUGAGCAGCAGGUUCUGGAGCUCCAUUCCUCCCUGAACCUGUCCCAGGUGCAGAAUGCCUCGCUGGCGCAAGCAUUGGAGUGGAAGGCCAUGGAGGCCGAGCACUGUAGGGCACAGCUCGGCCAGCAGAAGCUUCACGUGGCGGCCCUUCAGCAGAGCUUCAGCGCGCUGAAAGCGAGGGAUGCGAAAGCCGAUUCGCUGGACGCGGACACCACGGACGGAAGAGACAGCGAGAGGGAGGAGAUCUGUAUGCAGCGGGAGGAGAUGCUGAUCCGGCUUGCGGCAGAAGUCCAGGCAAAGAAAUCAGCAAUGCAGGAGGUCUGCGCUUGGCAAAUCAAUGCGGAGCUUUGCACGAGCUUCGUGCGGGAUAUGUCGCGGCAACGGGACGACGCCCUCGCAGAAUGCGGCAAUCUGGCCAGGAUGGUCGAGUGCAAGCAGAAGGAGCUGGAGUCCCUUGAGAUGGAGCGGAAAGAGCAGAAUGAGCAGACCACACAGAAGGUUGAACUCGCAGCCCUGCAGGAGCAGCUGGCACAGUCAGACGCAAGAUCGAAGAUGCUAUCUGCAAUGAUCAAGCUGAAAGAUGCGGACAUGACAGGGAUCACCCUGGAGCUUAUGCAAAAAGGCAUGCAGGCGGAAGAUUACCUGUGCCAAGCUGCAAACAUGAAGGAGCGGCUUGGACAGCUAGAGAUUGAAUUUGGGCAAGCCACUGCAGAACUAGCCACCUACCAAUCGGACAAAGAUGCAAUGGUCAAGUCCUUCACCAGCAAGGACAAGCUGGUGGAAGUUCUCGGAAUUGAGCUAAGCAGUCUGAAGGAGCAGCUCCAAAAAUGCCGGCAGGAGACCAGCAUCUUGGACAGAUGCCUGGAAGACAAGCAGCUCCAAAAUGACCAGCUAAUCGAGAAGAUGGCCACAAAGGACUCUGCCAUACAGCAGCUGCAAUGCGAGCUCACCGCCUUCAAGAUCCAAGCGUCGGAUGAUGCCAGGCAGAGUUGCGAGUCCUUGGAGGUGCUAAAGGCAACCUUGGAAGAGCAGAUCCAUGAGAACGAGCUCUUGCACGCGGAGCUCGAGCAGAGACGCUGCGAGUGCGAGGAAGCCACCCUGGAAAGCCGCAAGCUGUUCGACCACUUGGCGGCACGGACCAUCGAAAGAGAUGACCUGGCAGGUCAGCUUCAGGGAGCCCGAUCUUUGGUGGAGCAGCUCAAGGAGGAAGUAUGCACUUCACAGCAGAUCGAGUCUUCUCUUGGCGAAAGGCUCAGCAGGACUACGGAGGAGAAUGCGAAUCUGCAUCAGAGGGUUCAGACCCUCACUGUCCACUCCAACCAACAGAAGCGUGACAAUGAGGACCUUCUCAGUCAGCUCAACCAGCAAGUUAGCAAAGUGGCUAAGCAACGGCUGGAAUUGAUGAGAUCUGAGCGCCAGAUCGAAGAAGCCCAAGCGCAAGUUGUUGCACUCAAAAGCACACUGACUCUGGAAGUGCAACGCCGCGAAGAAGCGGCGACCCGCUGUGCUGAGCUCUUAUGCUCCCAUCCAUCCAUGUGCAUCGAAGCCUGGAUUGGACGCGUGCGGACCUUCAACGCAUGUGCUGAGUGGCAACUGGUGGCAGGCAGUGGGUCUGAGGAGCGCAUUGUAAUGAGAGGUGGCAGGGCAGAAGCACAGCCUGGCUUGCUGGCAUCUGAGACCCCGUGCAUCAUCCUCAACCCUCGAGAGCAGAAGGCCAAGGAGAAGAAGGAUGAAGAUAAAGUGCCGGUGAACUUAUACAAUGCCAAGAAACCUGGUGCUGUAGCACUCCGUGGUCGGCGACCAGCGGCUGUCCCCCCACAGAAGCAACACGUUCUCGUAUUCGACCAGAUACGGCGUGCGUUCAGUCAGAACAAGCUCAUGUAUGACCGCAACUUUGGAGUCGUGCGGCCGUUUCCGGACACUACCUCGACGUGCUCGUCGAACGCAUCGCUCUCUUGA